UAUUAUGUAGAUGAUAGUGAAGGAUUAGGACGGAGGUUUGAUGGAGUAGGGGGACUAAGCGGAGGUGGUGCGACAUCGAAAUUGCUAGUCAACUAUCCAGAACAACAACGUAAUGAAAUCCUGGAUUACUUGUUUAAACCAAAUUUUGCAGCAUCUUUGCAAAUAUUGAAAGUUGAAAUAGGUGGAGAUGCUCAAAGCACAGAUGGAUCAGAAGCAUCACAUAUGCAUUACCCCUGGGAUUUAAAUUUUAACCGAGGUUAUCAAUGGUGGAUGAUGAAGGAAGCUAAAAAGAGAAACCCUGAAAUAAAGUUUUAUGGUUUACCAUGGGGAUUCCCAGGUUGGGUUGGUGGUGGUACACAAAGUCCGUAUACAUAUCCUAAUAUCACGACUAGCUAUAUCUCUAAAUGGAUUCUGGGUGCUAAAGCAGUUCAUAAUCUAACUAUAGACUAUGUCGGGAUAUGGAAUGAGAGACCUUAUGAUAUCACUUAUAUUCUGACAUUGCGAGCAGCUCUAGAUGAGAAUGGUUUAAAUCAUGUUCAGAUAGUCGCUGCUGAUGGUGACAUGCAGAUUACUCCUGAUAUCCUUACACAUCCGGAUUUGAGCAAAGCCGUCUCAAUAAUUGGAAAACAUCAACCUCACACAGACAGUAAUAUAUACGAUCUAGAAACUGGUAAACCUCUCUGGGCUUCUGAGGAUUUCAGUCAAAAACCUGACAAUUAUGGUGGAGCUUGUUGGGCUCGGACUAUUAACCAAGAUUACGCAAAUGGAUUUAUAACUGGCCAGAUAGCAUGGUGUAUUAUUAACAGUAUGUAUGAUGGUCUACCCUAUUACGACAAUGGUUUGAUGAGAGCAGUGGAACCGUGGAGCGGACAAUACUAUGUUGCAGCCCCAAUUUGGGCUUCAGCUCACACGACACAGUUCACCAAACCAGGAUGGUUAUAUCUAAAACAUGGAUCUGGUGUAGGAAAUUUCUCACAAGGUGGUAGUUAUGUUACUUUUAUUAGCCCAGACAGAAACGAUUUUACCAUUGUCAUCGAAACAGGGACAUUUAAUCAUUCUCACUGUCGUAAAGUUAUUCCACCGUUUAAAGUUCAACCACAAGAUGUUACCUUUAAGUUGGCAGGAUCAUUGGGUAAUUUAUCAAGUCUAAAUGCAUGGUAUACAAAGCUGACAUUUGAUGGAAGCGACUCGACAAUAUUUCAACAAAGAUCCAUACAGGUUGUAAACAAUGUAAUUAGUUUAAAGUUAGAUGUUGAUGAAAUCUGGACAUUAACUACAAUCACAACAGGCUGUAAAGGUCAACAUCCUAUACCUCCACCUUCUAAACCGUUUCCUUUGCCGUAUUUUGAUAACUUCGAUGUAUAUCCCAUAUAUUCAGAAGCGUAUAAUUUAGUACAACAGUCGGGGAUUUAUGAAGUUACUGAAGUUGACGGUGAACACAAAAUGGUGAUACGUCAAAUGUCUCUCGAGAAACCUGUGGCUUGGCAACAAUCAGAUUUAUUAGGUCCAACUAUUGAUAUCAUUGGAAACUACAAUUGGUACGUUACUACUUUGAUAAAUGCUCCUAUAAAUGGAACGUCUGGAUUGUUUGUAGCUUCUAGAGUUCUGAGUCGAGGUUUGGACACUAAACCAAACAGUGGAGUUUAUUUCUUUAUAUUUCCUUCUAACCAGACUUAUAUCGUUUCUGGAAACGCAGGC